GAUACACAGAAGGACAAAGCAAUUGGAAGGUGACUGUGUCACUGACUUUUGGAUUGGCCAAUCAAAAAUUAGAUGUUUGGCUAUCCUCAAAACUCAAUCAUACGGGCAGUGAAAUUUGUACUGAGAAGAGAAGCUCCUUAAUCAAUCAUUGUAAGUUUGUAACCCACAACACAAGUGAAGAGGCACUGCUGUUAUCAUCUGUGAGUGGUUGAAAACGUAAUACAGUAGACAUGGAAACAGCCUCAGACUAUGGAGCAUUCAUGGAGAAAUUCAUUUUACCACCAAAUUCUUCUUCCCCUGAUUUUCCUCUGAAUUCACUCACCUUUGCAGUCAAAGACAUAUUUGAUGUGAAAGGGUAUGUAGCUGGAUUUGGAAAUCCUGAUUGGGCAAGGACUCAUCAGGCUGCUACUUCUACUGCUCCAACAGUUUUGGCUAUCCUGAGUGCAGGUGCCACUUGUGUUGGUAAAACUGUCAUGGAUGAAAUGGCUUACAGUAUAAAUGGAGAAAAUAUACACUAUGGCACGCCUAGAAAUCCUUGUGCAGAAGACCGAGUACCUGGAGGAUCUUCUAGUGGCUCUGCUGUUGCAGUUGGUGCAAAGCUUGUGGAUUUCUCUCUAGGAACUGAUACAGGAGGAAGUGUAAGAGUUCCUGCAUCGUAUUGUGGGAUUUUCGGUUUUCGUCCUUCUCAUGGCAGAAUCUCCAAAUCAGGAGUUGUUCCAAUGGCACAGAGUUUUGAUACUGUUGGAUGGUUUGCUAGGGAUCCAAAGAUUUUAAGUGCAGUUGGACAUGUACUUUUGCAAUCGCCACGCAUCACACCCAUUAGACCUACUCAAAUUAUCAUUGCAGAGGAUUGUUUUCAGCUUUCAAGUGUUCCUUUCGAUGUAGUUUCACGAAUUGUCAUCAAAGCAAUACAGAAGUUAUAUGGAGAUGGUUUAUUAAGGUAUGAAUUCCUUGGUGAGUAUGUGAAGGCCCAAGUUCCGGGUUUGAAGCAUUUCAUGAGUCAAGAGAAAACAGAUCAAAUAUACAACAUUCCAUCACUGGCUGCACUUUCAAGUGCCAUGCGAUUGCUUCAGAGGUAUGAAUUUAAGAAUAACCAUGGUGAAUGGAUAAAUGCAGUCAAACCUGAGUUAGGUCCGGGAAUUUCAGAACGCGUAUCAGAUGCCCUACGCACAACAGAGGAGAAUAUUGAUAUCUGUCGUUCUAUAAUAAGGGAGUUGCGUGACGCUCUUACUUCUCUUCUUGGGGAUUUCGGUGUUCUCAUGAUCCCCACGGUUCCAGGUCCUCCACCUAAACUACAAACAAAUUCAUCUGACUUGGAAAUUUUUCGCGCAAGGGCUUUUAGCCUUCUAUCAAUUGUUGGAGUUUCUGGAUUUUGUCAGGUAAGCAUACCACUAGGGAUGUAUAAUGAUCUCCCUGCAUCAGUUUCUCUGGUGGCCAGGAAUGGUGCAGAUGAAUUCUUGCUUCACCUUGUGGAGAGUAUUUAUGAUAACAUUGAAAAAUAGGAACCAGCAAAGCUGACAGGAUAAUUAAAUUACUUUGUUUACAACUGCAAGGGAAGUAAUUGUAAGCAAAUUUUUAUACUCAACUUGAAGUGAAGAUUUUUUUUAAGUCUGAAAAACUUUUGAGCAAAAGACAUCUUUUAGUCAGUCAUUUUUUGUGUGCAUGUUUGAGCAAUCAAUUUUGUGACUUCUUAGUGUGAGUGUCAAGAAUUGCAAAGCCAAAACAUAUACGCCAAAGUCAUGACUUACAGUUAGUAUUUACUGUAGUAUCAAGAUCAGUAAUCUUUUGAAAAUGUUAACCGUGUAUAUAUUCUAUAACAAGA